CACGUCGCGCCGCUCAGAGCAUGAAGCAGAUGAAAACAACAACAGCAACAAUCGUAUCACCAUCAACAUUUGGCGUCGUUUCCGCCCGGCGGACCGGACCGUAAACGGAGCGAUGACCAGCGGCGGCCGCUGAGAGCAGCUCCACCUCGUUCCCGACAGAAGCGAGCGGACCACUGGACGAGAACAGGAUGGCCGGAGUGUUCGACAUCGACUUGGAGACCGAGGACGUCAGCGACACAGAGGAUGACGACUGUGACUUCACUGUGACCGAGCCCGAGACCGUUCAGACGGAGGAGGUGGAGUUAACCAGCGAGAGCGUGAACAGAGACAGCGAGCGGGUCGGACCGGACUGCUUCGAACUGCUCACCGUGCUGGGAAAAGGAGCAUAUGGAAAGGUGUUCCAGGUGAGGAAGGUUCAAGGCGCUCAGGUCGGGAAAAUCUUUGCCAUGAAGGUCCUUAAAAAGGCGAAAAUCGUGUGCAACGCUAAAGACACGGCUCACACCCGGGCGGAGCGGGAGAUCCUGGAGACGGUGAGGCACCCGUUCAUCGUGGACCUGCUCUACGCCUUCCAGACCGGAGGGAAGCUCUACCUCAUCCUGGAGUGUCUGAGCGGGGGAGAACUGUUCAUGCAGCUGGAGAAAGAAGGAAUCUUCAUGGAGGACACUGCAUGCUUCUACCUGGGAGAGAUCACUCUGGCCCUCGGCCACCUCCACUCCAACGGGAUCAUUUACCGAGACCUGAAGCCGGAAAAUAUCAUGCUCAGUCACCACGGACACAUCAAACUGACUGACUUCGGCCUCUGUAAGGAGUCCAUUCAUGAUGGGACUGUCACACACACCUUCUGUGGCACCAUCGAGUAUAUGGCUCCAGAGAUUCUGACCCGGUCGGGCCACAACAGAGCGGUGGACUGGUGGAGCCUCGGCGCCCUGAUGUACGACAUGAUGACUGGAUCGCCUCCGUUCACAGCUGAAAACAGAAAGAAGACCAUCGAUAAAAUCCUGAAGUGUAAACUUAAUCUACCCCCGUAUCUGACAAUCGACGCCAGGGACCUCGUCAAGAAGCUGCUGAAGAAAAAUCCAGCUCAAAGACUUGGCUCCAGUAAAGCAGACAGUGCUGAUAUCCAGAAACAUCCGUUCUUCAGACACAUCAACUGGGACGACCUGCUGAACAGGAGGGUGGAGCCUCCGUACAAACCCCAGCUGCACUCGGACGAGGACGUGAGUCAGUUCGACACCAGGUUCACCCGCCAGACGCCGGUGGACAGUCCCGACGACACCCGGCUGAGCCACAGCGCCGAGCUGGCCUUCGCCGGCUUCACCUACGUGGCUCCGUCAGUCCUGGAGAGUCUGAAGGAGGGCUUCUCCUUCGAGCCGCGGAGCCGACCCGUACGCAGACACAACAGCAGCCCGCGCACGCCCAUCAGCCCUCUGAAGUUUUCCCCCGCCGGACCCUUCAAGUCCAGCCUGGACGGAGAGUCGGACCUGUUCUCGCCCACCUCCCCCCCGCCGGCCGCCCCGGCCAAGCCUCCCACCGCGCCGGACAACGGAGCCGCCAGCCAGCCAAUCAAAACCCCCUCCAGGAACAAGAAGAAGGGUCACCGCAGGUGAAGAGUGGGGCGGCCGGGUGGUGCACGGACACAGGGGGGGCGAGGGGGUAUUUACUGAAGUGGUUCAACUUCCCCUGACACCAUCAAACCAUCAGUGGAAAGCUGAUCUUUCUCUCUUAUCUUCCAUCUCCUGGUAGAACAUAAAGAGUUCAUCUCACUGUGGCUUCACCUCAUCUUCCAUUUACUGCCGGAGUCAGUCUGACACUGGUGGAAACUCUCAGCUGUGUACAGAGAAAACUAACUAACCCUGAAGAAACUGUAGUUUCUCUCCUCCAAAGUGGUGGAAAAGAUGGUUCUGAGUCAAAGGAAAGCUUCUUUAUCCUGAGAUUAAUCAGCUUUUAAUGAGGCGAGGAACAAGAAGUGGUUCUUUUUGGGGAAAUCUGCCAAAUGAAUGAAUGAAUGUUCACACACACUGUGAUGGACCAAUCACACACUGGAUUUAUCAAACACAGGUUCACUGAUGAUUUCUCCUCAGGUCAAGCUGAGUGCCAAUGAGCUGCAGUGAAGAACAGAAAUGAUUCUGGCGCAAAUAGAAAACUGUCUGCUUCAUUCACAUUUACUCACAUUUAAUAGUUUUUGCCCUUAGUUUGCUUUUUCUUUUUUUAUCCUAUGUUUCGGUAAUAUUUUUAUCAAAGAAAAUAGACAAGAAGAUGAUUUACAGAGUGUAGAACAGACCUGAGCAGCUGCCAGAGUUUCCAUUUUGAAGGUCUCUGCUGCCACGACUUCAGGAAAACACUCAGAUCGGCUUCUUUUCCUCUGCUACUUUAAACGACUCAAUGCACCACCAUGUGGUGAAAACUGGCACUGCAGGUUUAAAUGGACUGAUGUUUUUGGUUUUGUUGAAAUGUCGAGAACACCUUGAAUUUCUUGUUUUCAGCAUAUUUGUUUUAUCUUUAGUUCUCCAUUUGAGACUUUUCCUCCGUGUUUACUGCAAAAAACACGUUUGAUGUCCUUCACUGCAGCUCAUCAGGUUCAAAAACACACACACACACACACACACACACACACACACACACACGUACACCCAGUACAGGCCAUUUCAAAGUGGUGCUCUCACACAGAAAACCUGUAUAGAAGCUAUUUUAUAUAAACAGAACCUAUUUUUACAUGUGAAACCUCAAAGAAAUAGUGUUAAUUUAAAAGAAAAUUAAGCUUUUGCUUGUUAUUUGGCAUCUGGGUCAAUCAUGUCUCACUGUUAAUGUUCAUUUGAUGCUGAUGACUUCAGCUGUUAUAUAUGCAACAACAGUCAUAUGGACAUUAAAUCAAGAGGUGUCUAAAACAGUAAAAUAAAGAAUAAAUAUGGGAAUAUUUUCAUUUUUUCUCUCUAAAUUUAAAUAUAGUGUUUAUUUAAUUUGAUUUAAAGUGAAUAUUGCGCUGGUGAAAGAUGCCAAACGUGUUCAGGAACUAAAAUCUCAUCAACGACCCACAAGACGGUCUUGAAGCAUGAGUUUUCUAUAUUAAUCCAGGAUAAAGUAUAAGAAGAGGAACAUUGAUACAUCAUGUUGACAUAAUUGUCUGUUAGCUUUAGCGCUUUAGCAUGUUUGUUGCUGCUCGUGGUUCACCUGAAAAUGAAUGUAUUUUAUCCGCUGCAUUGUAUUAAUUACUGACGACUCAGAGGAAAAAGGAAAUGUGAAUAAAUGACAGUCCAAACAACAGGUUGAGCCGCGAGAUAUUGAAAUCGCAACGCAAUCAUGGGAAAAACGAGGGUUUAUUCCUCCGUCCGGCUGCACCGUUCCACUCAAAAUGUAAUCAUUUCUUCUUCUGUACUCAAUCAGUCGACCUACCAACAGAAGGGAAAAUUACAGGACCCGGAGGACUUUGUUGAAGCUAUACAUUUUAUUGAUAGAACAAAAACAGUGUUAGAAAGCGAGAUAUGUGGGAGAAAAAAAACACAACUGCAGUGGGGGAGUAUGAGCCUGCCAGUCCGUAUCAGGGGCAAAGUAAACCCAUUAUUUCACAGCAUGAUGUGGAACUAGACAUUUAUAGGUACUGAAACACAUACAUAGAAACACACUCGC